GUUGAGAAGUAGAUCGCGAUUGACACGCGUAGAAUAUCGCGCUAAUUAUCGCCGCGGAGCUUGGGAGACAUGUAAAAUGUUGUGCGUACUGCCUUCGUAGUUUGAUCUACGUAAAAAAGGAUUCAAGGACAUGCCUGAGCUCGGAGAAGUCGCACACGCGGCAAAGCUACUGUCGAAGCAUUUAGCAGGCAAGCGCAUCUCCAAACUUCAACUGGAAACCGACACGAUUGUUUUCCCCUCGCAGACGCCCGAAAUUCGAUCCCAGAUCGAGAAAAGAUAUGCUACCAAGAAGAUCGUUGAUGUUGGCCGACACGGAAAGUAUUUCUGGAUCGUACUGAAUGACAGUCAGGCGGGGAGUAAGAGAGCGACUGCUAAAAAAAUGGGAUCUGCAAUAGAAGUUAUGCUGCUACAUUUAGGAAUGACAGGCUGGGUUCACAUUAGAGAUGUCAACUCCAAUUUCUUCCCAAUGGAGGCGUCAAAAGAUGGGGAAAAGCCUGAAGGCUAUGAUGAGAAAAAGAAGAAAGAAGGCUGGCCUCCAAGAUUCUCAAAGUUCUUGCUCACUGCGGAAGAUGGCCUCGAGUUUAGCUUCACUGAUCCUAGAAGAUUAGCACGUGUACGCUUUCUUGAGAUCGAUUCGGAUAUGAAAUCGUCAGAUGAGGGCGACAUCAUGAGCGCCGCCGAGGAAGCGCUCAAGAAAAUCGAGCCACUUUGUCGCUCUGGCAAGGAUUUCUCUAAACGAGACUCGAGAUUGAGUGAAGAGGAGUUUACGCAGAUUGUCAGCAAACGAAAGGUCCCCGUGAAGAGCUUGCUGUUGGAUCAAGCAGUCUGCGCGGGAAUUGGAAAUUGGAUGGCCGACGAGAUUUUGUUUCAGUCUAGAGUACAUCCUGAGCAGUACUCAAACACGAUUCCCCCAUCUACUCAGAAGCUCUUAUAUGAGAAGCUAUGUGAGAUAUCAGAAUACACCGUGACUCAUCAAAUCAACGCAUUCCCGAAAUCAUGGCUCAUGAAACAUCGCUGGAGUAAAAGAUCAAAGAAAGGCGAACGUCCAAAGACUGCGGAUGGGUACACAGUAGACUUUGUCACUGUUGGGGGACGAACUAGCUGUUUUGUGCCCGAACUGCAGAUGCUGACAUCUCCUGAAAGUGAGAUCAGCGAGGAAACUACGGAGGUUGAUGUCAAGGUUGAGACCAAGAAGCGCACAGUGACUGCGUCUUCGGAAGUGACAGAGAAGACUACAAAGAGAAGGGGUACGUCUAAGAAGAAGAUCGAGACGACGGAGGAGAUCAAUUCAGAGAUCGAGACUGCCCGACCUGUGAGGUCGACGCGUACGAGGAAAGCACGUAAAACAUAACCAGACUAUUGACUACAAGCAACAGAGUAUCUAGAAUUUCAUUUGGUUUGCCUCAGAUAUAGAUGUGAAUUGUGAAAUUUUGUUCAACACAUCGCUGGCCGAAACCAGCAAUUAUUCAGAAUUGCAGGAUUAGCAAGUUGAUCAUCACCGGCGAAUGAGAUUCUAGAUAUUUUGAUGCAGUCGUUGUUUUCUGUCACUGUGCCGUCGCCCGAGGAGCCAUGGGAAUAAUUAGAAUUGACAUUAAGCUCGUAUACAACAAUAUAGAUGGUGUGAGUUCUCAUAAAAUAGAGACCUCAUUUGCCUCACAUCAUCGUUCGCUUAUUGCUCGGCGUUAUCGCCUGAGCCUCCCAUGAAAUUCCGUGCCCUGCAGAUAAUAGUUAGCAAUCAAGCUUAUCGACAAAUCUAAAGAAAGAAGAAGGGUCUUACAAGUUGGCAAUGUUAGGAUCGU